UCUCUCCUUCUCAUUCACUAGUAAAAGACUAUGUUUUGAGCUCUAAUUUGUGCCAUAAACAGUAUUUUCAUAAAAACAAUUAUCACAAAUAAUCACAGAUUAAACGGCGAUUUGCUAAGUAUGGACUGGAAUGACCGACGCCGAAACCUUGAUGAUGAUCGGAGCCCUAGCCCAGGUCACUUCAGGAACUUAAGGUCCCGACGCGAUGGCUAUGGAGGAAGGUCUAAUAGGUCUAUUCUCGACAGGGAUAAGGGUUCUCGAUAUGGUAGGGUUUCUGAUACAGAUGAUGAAGAGUUGAAGGGUUUGGAUUAUGAAGAAUACAGAAGGAUAAAGAGGCAAAAAUUGAGGACCAAAUUGAGGAAUUGUAUAUGGAAUGUCACCCCAAGUCCUCCUAGAUUGGAUCAUGGCGAUGAUCAAGAAAUUGGAGUUGAAAUUGCUAUAAAUGAGAAGGAUUUUCAAUCUGAUGAGAUAUCUAGGGUUAAUUAUGGAGAUGGGUUCUCAGGUAGUGGAAGGAAAGCUUCCUCUUACUAUAAAGAUCAAGAAAAGAGUAGUCGUGAUGAAGAACCAGAUUCUGAUUUAGAGAUAAACAGAUCACUCGUAAUGAAGAGGACAGAAAGGGGAGGAAGAAGAGAGAGACGUAGGUCUCAUAUUAAGAGUAGAAAGAGAAACCGUCCAGUUUCAGAUGAAUUGGAAAGUGAAUCAGAAUCUGGUUCUGACUCAGAGAAGAGGAAAAAGAAGAAGAGGGAAAUUGGAGGAGAGAGAAAUGGGUCUCAUCGUAAGGGAAGCAAUAGAAAGAGAAGAGAUUUAGUCACCGAGAGUGAAGAGAAUGAGGAAUCAGAAAGUGAAUCUAGUUCUGGUUCAGAGAUAAGCAGCUCGCCUGGUACAAGGAGGAAGAAAAGAGAUAGAAGAACACAUAAUAGAAGUGGGUCUCAUAGGAAGAACCGAACAAGCAGAGAUUCGGUCUCUGGAAGUGAAAAAAGUGAUGAUUUGAGUUCUUCAGAGUACUCUUCUGAUAAAAAGAAGAAACCCAACAGGAAGCAUGGCCUCAAAAAAAAUUCGAGAAAAGGGGUGGCGCGUAGAAAGUCACGGAGGAGUAGAAGGGACAUUAGUUCUGAAAGUGAAAGCAGUAGUGAGAGAGAAAGCGAUGAAUCUGAUGUUGCUAUGAUGGCGUUGAAACCAUCUUCCCACCCUAACAAAUCCAAGAAAAAGAUGCACUCAGAUUCAGAGGCCAACAAUUCAUCAGAUAAUGAGGGCAAUGAGGCCCAAAAAGAAAAAGAACAAGCCCCCAAAAAAUCAGAGAUUGAUAAUGAAGCUCUUUUGUUCAAGGAGAUGAUAGAGUCACAAAAGAAACCCAACUCAGGCCUUGAAAAUGAGCCUGUUGUUGGGCCUAUGCCUCUCCCUAGAGCCGAAGGCCAUAUCAGCUAUGGAGGUGCCCUACGGCCUGGAGAAGGAGACGCCAUUGCUCAGUAUGUUCAGCAAGGCAAGCGUAUUCCUAGAAGAGGAGAAGUGGGUCUUUCAGCUGAAGAGAUUCAGAAGUUUGAGGGCUUGGGUUAUGUCAUGAGUGGGAGCAGGCAUCAAAGAAUGAAUGCGAUUCGUAUAAGGAAAGAAAACCAGGUUUACAGUGCUGAAGAUAAGCGGGCACUUGCUAUGUUCAAUUACGAGGAGAAGGCGAAGAGAGAGCACACGGUAAUGUCAGAUUUGCAGAGACUGGUUCAGAGGCACAUUGGGCAGGAUGUUGGCCCGACGCAUGACCCAUUUUCUCAAAAAGGAUCGGAGGUUGCUGAUGCAUAGGCUGUGUUAUGACUAUCUCAAAGAACUUUGUUUCAAAGGACUUGCAUUAGAAUCAUACCAUAUGCCACAUGAGUUGAACUCUUGAGCUGUUUAAUGGAUAAAUUUUGAGAGUGAGAGAGAGGUCGCUGCAUGCAAUAGCAAAUCAUGGACCUGAACAAGAAGAACUGAACUCUUUUAGCUGAUUGAAAAGUUGUGAGAGAAUUUUGUUUUUUAAAUGUUCUAUUACUUCAUUUAAGGGUGUUUGGUAUACAAGCCAACACCCCAAGAAUCACACUUUCUGAGCCCCCCACCGUCUUGGCCUCCUAGAUAUCUCAGGACCACUUAUUGGUGAAUCUGCUCUCUUGUGCAUUGGAUGAUUGUCAACUUUAUUCCAACUAUUUGCAGUUGGUUACACGAAUUUUGUUUUGCCACUCUUGUCUGUUGGAUAUCAUCAUUAAUAAAUGGAUGUUUAUUUGAAAUAUUAAAAAUAAAAAUAAAAAUAGACCAAUAGAUCCUCUGGUUAGCGGGUCGAGAUAAACUCUAUCCAUUGAACAACUGAAGACGUAGAGGGAUGAUCUUGAUUAAUAUGUAGAGAGGAUGAGGAAACUAACAAUCGCCUAUUCUUACAAAGUGACUGUAGGAUAUUUGGAAUGGUUUGAAAGUUGAGACUCAAUGGCAAGGUAGCUGGUUAUGGGGCUGAUGAGAGACCACCAGGGAUAGGUAAUAUGGACUUAUCAAGGCAAGCUUCAUUGGUGGGGUGCCAAUGGCACAUAAGUUUUGGCCUUAAAGAAGGGUGUUAAAAGGUUCUCUCAGGAAUUUGAGACAGUGAUUAUACAAGGAGAGUCUGCCCAUUUUGGGUGAGGUUUGCUUUUUUGUUUUAGGGGAAGCAGAUAGUUUUCUCCCCUUUUCUUUGGU